AUGCUCAGCUCAGGGUUCACCAAUGCGCCGGUGACCAAGUUGGCCCUGAUCUUUAUAAUCACUUCGUCGAUCGUAGCGAGCAUAGCAGACGUCAAAUACCUCUUUUAUAUUCAAGUGAACCCGCAUAUAUGGCAGUACCAUCAGCUAUGGCGGUUUCUAAUCUGGCCGCUCUGCUACGUCAAUUCUACGGAAGUUAUGCAGGCAGGAGUGGUUAUCUAUAGUCUACGGGUGAUAGAGCGGUUAUGGGGAUCGAGGAAGUUUGUGAGCUUCAUUCUUAGCACUCUUCCAUUUACGACUCUUCUCCCACCCCUUGUUCUCACACUUGUGGUCCGCCCGCUGUCUCUGAAUACGCUGAACCAUCUCCCCGCUGGUCCGACGGCAAUCAUAUUCGCGAUCCUCGCGCAGUACCACGCUACUAUCCCCACAACAUACAAAUACCGUAUAUUAACCAGCUCGUCAGCCACUUCGGCAUCGUCGUUAGGAUCGUCAAUCACAUUUAGUGAUAAAUCAACAAUCUAUUUCCUUGCUCUUCAGCUGUCACUGUCGCAAUUACCCCACACUAUAUUGCCGGCUUUCAUAGGCUGGGUGGUUGGCUACGCAUGGCGUGCUGAGCUGUUACCUAGCAAGAUAUCAUCGUGGAGGAUACCGGGUCGGUUGUAUGGUGGAUCACCCGAACGGCAGAGACGGCGUGGAGUACCUACACGCAGUGGGGAUGCUUCUUCAUCAGGGCUGGUAGGGGCGGGGAGCAGAGAUCCCGAGCAGUUGGAAGGGCUACGGCGGAGGUUGGAGGGUGAAUCUAGAGCUGCUGCCGUAGCUGUAGCGAAUACAGACACAGAAGGGGGCAGAAGGAGCUCAAGUAGUGCUGGUGGGAGGGUAGGAGUCCAAGAAGAAGAUCAACGAAGGCCGCUGGCUGGGCAGAUAUUAGAUCGGUUUAGGGGAACAUUUUAA